AUGGCGAUAUUACCGUGUACUGUGUAUGUCGUCACUGCACCUUCCCAAUUCAAUUUUAUAUGCGGUCUUUCCCUCUCCACUCUCCACUCUCCACUCUCCACUCCUCCCAAGUCCCAACAACUCACUCUCGACAGCUCUUCCCAACAACAACUCAUUCUCAGGUUCCUCUCCGGCACUCUCAGGUUCUUCUCCAGCAACAACUCGCGUCAACAUCAACAUCAACAGACCAUUAAGACUCAGGGCUUUUUAAUGGAUCUACGUAAGCAAAAUGAGGAGCUAUCUGGCUGCAGUCUUAAUGAUCUGGGACGUAUGAUAAAGGAACAAGAAAGACAACUUACUGCUUUACUUGAGGAGCACCGCGGCGUUUGGCCGAGUUAGAGAUGCCACUUCAGCUGCAUGUUGAAAGGCGUUGACAAUAGCCAGAAAGUACUGCGAAAUAAAAAGCAAUCGGGAUGAGAUAACUGCGCUUAAUACUAAAUUGGAAAUUGUCAACCAGGAAAUCGAUAAAAUCAUCAAAGAGGGGAAGCGGUUGGAAGUCUUAAACGAUGAGGCGAAAGGCUUCCUUGCCAACUUACAACAAGCUUUGGACGAUUUGGUGAACUUAUCACGAUCUACAUAGGCUUUUAUGC